UAAUAAAACUGAAACGUAUAAAACGCAAUUUUCCAGAAAUAUGUGUUAGUUAGGUUCAAGAUAGACACGCAUUUUCAUUUUAAGUAAAAUUAUUUCUUAUCGGUUAACAUGCAUUUUUGUACUAAAUUUUUAAUAGUUAUUACAGCUUUCUGUAGUUAUUCUAUGGAAUUAAAACAGCCUAUUGUAUCCUAUAUUUUAAACAAAAUAAACAAUUCGGAAGAAGGAACUAAUAGCCGGGCAGAUCCACUUUCUAAAAAUGUAGAAGGAUUAGAAAAACUUUUAUCUGAAACAGAAGCAUUAAAUCAGACUGAGAAAAUAUAUACUGUGGAGCAUUUGGUAAAAUCAAACGGCUACCCAAUAGAAACACACUAUGUAACAACAGGUGAUGGAUACAUUUUACGAGUUCACAGGAUUCCCAGUAGUCCUAAAAUGAACGCUUCAAAUGGAAAAGUGGCGUUUCUUCAACAUGGUAUUUUAUGUUCGGCGGCUGACUGGGUCAUUACUGGAUCAGAAAAAGGUUUAGGCUUUUUACUUGCUGAUGCAGGAUAUGAUGUGUGGAUGGGUAAUGCAAGAGGUAAUACUUGGAGUAGAAACCAUACAACACUUAAUCCAGAUAAAGAUGCUAAGUUCUGGAAAUUUUCUUUCCAUGAAAUUGGAUUGUAUGAUAUACCAGCGAUGAUUGAUUAUGCCUUAGAAAAAACCGGCGCUUCUUCGGUGUACUACGUUGGACACUCUCAAGGAACUACUGCAUACUACGUCAUGUUAUCAGAAUUACCUGCCUAUAAUAGCAAAAUUAAGAUGGCUGCCAAUCUUGCUCCAAUUGCAUUUUUAAACCACAUGAGUCCACUUUUUCAGAUUAUGUCACUAUUUGAACCCAUGGGGAAUGUCAUUUCCGUCCAUGGAGUUACGGUAUCAUUGGAAAUCUGGAAAAAUACGGUUCUUUCAGUCCACCGGACUACAAUUUAUCCAAUAUUAUUGCGCCAACUUAUUUGUUUUGGAGUUUUGAUGACUGGCUAUCUGCUGAAGUUGACGUCAAACGAUUGUGUGCUGGAAUAAGAGCUGCAUGUAAAAUGAUAAAAAUCCCGGAAUUUUAUUGGAAUCAUUUGGAUUAUACCUAUGGAAUUGAUGUCCGUACCUAUGUUAAUGAUCUAGUUAUUAAUUUAUUUAAUAGUAAAUAAUUUGGUACUUAUUCUGUUACUUACUUUCUAAUCGUUCGCUAAAAUAAAUAAAAUUGUAGAACACUGUAAUGAGUGUAAAUGAUUGAUAAUGUGCAAAUGAGUCAUUGCACGUGUACUUCGAUUUCCUUAGUAUGUAAUCCCAAGUACAUCUAUAAUAAUUAAAUAUUUGCAGCUAGAAAAAUGGGGUACACAUAAUCUAUAAAGUGGCCAUGAUCAAAACCUAUUAGACUGAUAAGAACACAUAUUCUUAGACAAGAUAAGUAUAAAAAUGACCAUCAAAGACACUUCACAAUCCAUAAAUUAAAUACUUUUAUACCUAAAGCUAAUAAUUAUGUUCUCAAUGAGCUGAGUUUUCUAAACGUUAAUGAGUCAAAUUUCAGUUGUAAAAGUAGUAACCCAAAGAAUUAUGCGCGUAUCCCAAAAAAAUUAAUAUUUAUUAACACAAAUAGCAUAAAUCAUUCUGAGCAACUAUAAUCGUACUAUCUACGCAACAUCACCUAUCAGAACAACCAUAAGUACGCAGAUCAAUGCAACAGUACUAUUCGAUGAACUCUCUAUGGUGGGAAAUCUCACCAGUGAAAAUAGUAGUGGGCUUCACCAUACUUAGGAUACGACAUGUUAUUCGGCUGAUGGAGGUAAAGGUGUUACAUAGCAGCCUGAACUAUAUUAGAAGUAUAAAGAAUUAGCCAGAUCAGUUAAAGUUAGUUCAUUAUUCUAUUGAAGUAAAUUUAAAAUUGCACAUUUUCUUGAAUAAUGCAGAAGAAGUGAGCAUUUUUGCGACUACUGCGUUAGGUUCUAGUGUAUUAGUUGUUUGUUCUGCAACUUGUCUUCGUUAAGCUUACCUAGGGGAGUAGAAGAAUGUAAGUUCAGACAUGUAAGGUGUCGCUAUAAUAAGAGCAGUCCUUUGUUUUUCUUAAAUUAAAGUGGUUUAGGUAGGCUUAGAAAUUUCCAUAACCAAUUAGUAACUGCGUCAGCUAAAAGUCUGUUUCACAAUGUCCCCUUUCUGAUACAGGUUUUAUGCUAACUAUAAGGCUUUUUGUCUAACCUGCCGUGCCAUUGUACUCUUCUUUUGUGGCUAUAGUCCUCGUCUCUUUUCCUUUUCUCUCUAAUUAAGCUCUUUGUCUUGAUACCAAGUGUAUUGAAGGAGUUCUUUCUAUUACCAUCAGUACAUUCGUUGAUGUUGUCCUGCACUCGCACACUAUUAAAAUUUUAGUUAAUCUUUGGUCUAAUGAGGGUUGUUCUGUGGGUGUCUCUUUUUUUGACUUUUUCGAUAUCGAUACACCACAAAGCAUAAUGAAAUUCACUACCAAGGCCAGUAUUUUUCUGCAGCGUUCGCGUGGUCAGUACGUUGUUGGCACGAGGUGGUUUAUAUUAUUUAAGGCCCUGUUAACUUUUUUAGCAACGAUUUUGAUUGAGAUUUCUAUUCAGAUGGAUGCCCAUAUACCUGAGAAUUUUAUGACUUUUAGUCAUUGUUUUAUUUAUAGUCAUAGAAAUGGUCUUGGCUUUCGUGCAAAAGAAUUACUUCUUUAUUCUUCUUCUGAGAUUUCGAGAGAUUUCAGAGAGUUUUCCUCUAAAGAGCAUUGAGAAGGCCAGUAAAAUGACACCUAUACACUGCUUGCUGCAGUGUGGAGAUUUUAAUAACAUGGAGUCGAGGGAAACUCGGCAAUGAAAACUACAUUCUCUUUUUUUGGCUUAAAUAGAACAAUAUCUGAAUGUGCCAGUAUCCAUCUAAAUACAAAAAUUAAAUUA